AUGGAUGACGACUUCGGCUUCGACUCGGCCGAUGAAGCCGAUCUGCUCGCUGUAGUGGACGCUGCUCCCUCUGCAGCCAAGCGACCUAAUGAGGAUACGGAUCAAAGUGAAGAACCAGGACCGAAACGACAGAGAGGUUCCUCCGAUCACUCGGUUCUGGCCCGCAGAGUCUUGCGAGAACGAUUCGGCCUGGAAAGCUUUCGUCUGGAGCAGGAAGCAGCAAUCAGUCGCAUCAUCAGUGGCGACAGCGCUGUUGUAGUAUUUCCUACUGGCGGAGGAAAGAGUUUGUGCUAUCAGGUCCCCGCCGUGGCUAUAAAGGAGCUCGACAAGGAAACAGGAUCGCGCAGCCCAGAAGAAAGUGGUGUCACGGUCGUCAUUUCUCCCCUCAUAGCACUGAUGAAGGACCAAGUUGAUGCCCUCAGACGCCGAGGCAUCGCUGCAGCCGUUCUGGAUUCGACGCAAAGUCGCGAAGAGUUCGUCGAUGUUCACAGCAAGCUGGCGUGCGGCAAACUCGAUCUCCUAUACUGCGCACCAGAGCGGCUCAACAACGAGGGCUUUCUUGCGUCCCUUAAGUCAAUCCGUGGUGGCAUUCGCUUAUUAGCGAUUGAUGAAGCACAUUGCAUUUCAGAAUGGGGACACUCCUUCCGCCCAGACUACCUGAAAAUCGCUCGUUUUGCGAAGGAAGCCAAUGUGGACAGAGUCAUCUGUCUCACAGCGACCGCGACAGCAGCCGUUGCGAAAGACAUUCGAACUACUUUCGACAUCCCGCCCGAGGGUCUUUUCGUGACAAGCAUGUACCGACCCAAUCUCCGAUUAUUGGUCGAGCCUAUCACUACAGAUGACGACCAAGUCGAGAUAUGCACUAAAUUCUUGAAGAAACACCCCGGCCCAUCCAUUAUAUACGUCACAACCCAUGCGGCUGCAGACACUCUAGCCAAUGAACUAUCUAAAAAGAAGUUCAAUGCUCGCGCAUAUCAUGGAGGACUAAACGCAGACGUACGGGGCGGAAUACAAGACACAUUUCUCAAGAGUCAAAACAUGAUCAUUGUUGGCACAAUUGCAUUUGGCAUGGGUAUCGACAAGGAGAACGUGCGGACCAUCAUCCAUUUCGAUCUUCCAGGCAGCCUUGAAGCCUAUAGCCAACAGAUUGGGAGGGCUGGACGAGACGGCAAGCCAAGCACGUGCAUGCUCUAUCUUUCGGACAAAGAUUUCUUUGUCAGAAACGUCUUCAUCCAUGGCGAACGACCAUCCAUGCUGGCUCUACGCGCACUGUUUGAGGAGAUCUGCAGCAAGGAGAACUGUCAGCUGAAGCCCGGAGACCCCUUCUCCGUGGCUAUCACGUCGCAAUCACGGCGGAUAGACAUUAGGGAGACCCAACUUUCCAUCAUCUACGCCUACCUAGAAUUGAAGUUCGGCCUUCUCCGGGCUAGCACUCCUCAGUACUCCGAAUACAAAUAUCAGGUGCUGCAGCAUCGUGGUCUUGAGAUCGACGGCUCACCAGCAUCGAAGUACAUCUUAUCCCACUCCAGAAAAGCGCAAACCUGGACAAAUGUCGAUGUUGACGUUCCUGUUGGGAACGGCGGAGUAAGUCGCGCUGAUGUUACGCGGAAAUUAGACUCGUGGGCCGAGUCUGGCAUCAUCAAGCUCAGCAAGACCGGUGUCCAAAAGGUUUUCCGCGUCAGCAAGAAACUCCCAAGUCAUCAGGCCGAUAUUGACGAAAUCAUCGACAGCAUAGACAAGGAAAUUGUGAAGAAGGAGAAGCAGGAUUUGCAGCGCGUUCAAGACCUGGUCAACCUGCUGACAGGCAAAAGCUGCCUUACUCGUGGGCUUGCAACUUACUUUGCCGAUACGACUCACUCUUCAGUCAAGGAAUGUGGCCACUGCACAUGGUGCGAAACACAUCAGCAGGUCAGGUUACCGGGAUUUACCCCCAAACCUUUAGAUGAAAAGGCCAUGAGAAGGGUGUUGGCCGUAUGCAAAGAAGCAUGUCAACAAGAGGCGAGGAAGGCCAAAGGUGGUAAACCGAAGACCACAGCACUUCAGACUAGGCAGGCUCUGGCCAACAGCACAGCCAAAGACGAUGCCCGAUUCAUGGCCUGCGUGGCUUUCGGUAUCCGGACACCCCGCAUCAGUAGCAUGAGCUUGCACAACAACAAGGCCGUGUUUGAGACAAUGAGCACCUGCAACUUCAACGAUCUCGUUCAGAAAUUCGAAGACAUGAUAAAAUGA